CUGGGUUUAUUCACAACGCAGUGCAAAACACCGUUAUGCGUACUAAGCGUAAGCAGCUCCUGUUGCCUCGACAGUCUGCCCACUAAAAAUAUGUCGCAGUUGACAGCAUCUCCAUCCGCAUCAUCCCUGGUCCAGAGUGACUGGGGCUGGCAGGGGCGUACUGCAGGCAUCGCCAAUCGCAACAAACAUCUGUUGGCUACCGGUGAACACAGUGAUAUCCAGUUUGUCGUCGGACGCAACCGUGGAACCACACAGACAUUCCUUGCACACAAAUUUGUGCUGAGCACUGGCAGCCAGGUGUUUGAUCGGAUGUUCCACGGGGAAACACCGGUGCAGGAUAACGGUUCUCUGGACGUGCCGGAUGCGACGCCAGAAGCCUUCCACAACUUGCUGUGUUAUCUGUACACGGACAGCGUGGGAAAUCUGAAUUCGCAUAAUGUUUUCGACACACUGUCCUGCGCGUCAAAAUACAAAAUUCAGCUACUGUUUGAUCUGUGCUCGGAUUUCAUCAUCGCCAGCCUGAACAUGGACAAUUGCUUGACAAUGCUGGAAAAAGCCGAAGAAGUGAACGCCCAGCGGGUGAUCGGGAAAUGUUUGGAGAUACUGGACGCCUCCAGCGCCGAGAUUCUGCAGUCGGACAGAUUCCUGACGGUGAAGAAAACGACACUGGACGCCGUUCUGCGACGCAGCACACUGACAGCGGAUGAGUUCAUCGUAUAUACAGUCGCCGAACGAUGGGCGAAAUAUGCGUGCCAAGUGGAUAAGAUCCCCGUCAGCAGUAAGAACCGACGCGCUAAACUUGGCCGGACCUUGUACUUCAUCCGUUUUCCCUUGAUGACAGAUGCCCAACUGGCCAAUGGACCGGGCGAGACGGGAUUGUUGACCAAGGAUGAGCUGUGCGAUGUCUUCCGCUACAAGCAUGCCAAGACCAAGCGCUGCAUCCCCUUCCGCGCCAAGCCCCGCUCAGCGCCAUCGCGACGUGCGGCGCCUUAUCGCGUUCCCACCCAGACACCGACCGGUUAG